UAUAUAUAUAUAUUAUGUAUAUAAAAAUUAGUCCAUUUUUUUUUUCCUUUUAGUAAGUAUGACAAACACCGGUGUCUCCACCAGGAGUUGAACCCUGGACCUCCCAUUUUGAAAAUGGCAGGAGUAAGUCCAUUGUGUCUAGUAGUGUUAAAAUGAGUCCAUUUGUUCCAUACUCCUUCGAAAUGAGGCAUUCAUAGGUCCACUGUUUCUAAUGGCUUAUUGUCUAUGGUAAUUAAUUCCUUCAAGUGAGAUUGAAUUGGAAUAGAAGUAUUUGUUUCUCAUAAAUUAUGAAAGCACACUUCUAGCCAUUUUUCUCUCCAUGUCCUGUUUCCACAAAAAGAACAAGCUUGUGUAAAAACAAUGAGAACCUAGGGUUAAUUAUGUAGUGUAAUUUCUAAUCAAUUUGGAUGUGUGCUUUUGCCAGCAUUGAGUAAUUUAGUGCUUUUGCCAGCAUUGAGUAAUUUAGUGGUGACUUAAAAAGGGUGCAUUCCGAUGACUGCAGUAUGGGAUCUUCUCUGAUUUAUCUUUGAUUUAUUUUCCUUGUUUUCUGUAUCAUAUUGCAAGUUUAUUUUUCUUUUUUCUCAUGAUAUGCAGGUACUAUAUCUCCCAGCAGUUAACCGAGAAGAGUGACAUUUAUAGUUUUGGUGUUAUUCUUCUUGAGCUUAUAUCUGGCCACGAAGCAAUAUCCAAUGAAAGUUUUGGUGUCAACUGCCGCAACAUAGUCCAAUGGGCAAAAUUACACAUUCAGAGUGGGGACAUUCAAGGAAUUGUUGAUCCAUCUCUACGUGGUGUAUACGACAAUCAAACAAUGUGGAAGAUAGCUGAGAAAGCUUUGAUGUGUGUCCAACCACAUGGUCAUAUGAGGCCAUCAAUGUCGGAAGUUAUGAAAGAGAUCCAAGAUGCAAUCUUAAUUGAAAGAGGAGCAGAGGCGGUGAGAGAAGGUAGCUCAGAUGAGAUAUCAAGGCAUUCUAUGCAUUCUUCACAGAACAUUGCAAGUCCUAUGGAUGUAGGUGCAAGUGAGCAUUGCUUGUCAAUUGAUGCGGCAAUGGCACAGCCAACGGCUCGGUAGUUCUUGUUCAUGUAGGAGCUUGUGGUGGUUGUUUUUCAUAUUCUUUUAGUCUAGGGUUACAUGGUUGUGAUUCUGAAUCAUGAUGUCAAAAAGAAAAGCAAAAUCUUAUUUAUGAUGAGGUUGUAAGUUUUGAGCCUGGUGGAUUUCACUAAUAUUUCCCUAAAUUCUGCUAUUGAAAGUCAUGUUGUUCAGCA